CCUCAGUGACUGGUUGAACAUUUCUGUGCCCACAUGAGAGAAUGCUGUCAGGGCUGGCUCUUCUGCUGCUUGUCUGCCUCCACAUGCGUGUGCAGGGGAAGCUGCGGUCACAGAGUCUAGGCUGCGAUGAGUAUCUCGGCUCAGGAAGGGUGGUGGACAAGUGUGGCGUGUGCGGAGGUGACAACACAACCUGCAGGCUGGUUUCAGGAGUGUUCAAACAUAGUUUAUCCAAGAUCGGCUACCACAAGAUAGUGGAAAUCCCUGAAGGAGCCACCAAGAUCAAUGUGACAGAGAUGGUGAAGAGCAGAAACUACUUAGCUUUGCGAAGCCGAUCGGGACGAUCCAUCAUUAAUGGAAACUGGGCGAUUGACCGGCCAGGGAAGUACGAGGGGGCGGGGACCAUGUUCACGUACCGCCGACCCAAUGAAAUCAGUAGCACAGCUGGGGAAUCCUUUCUUGCUGAAGGGCCCACAAGUGAGAUCCUGGACGUUUAUAUGAUCUUCCAGCAGCCAAAUCCUGGUGUUCACUAUGAGUACAUUCUCCCAUCUGAGAGACCCGUGAGCCCUCAGCAACCAAGUCACACAUCAGAAGGGAACGGCGUGAAUGGACAGGAUGGAUAUGACCAGCAGAGCAACACUCAACAGGAAAACUUUAAUUCAGCAGGCAGUGGGAGGUAUCCUUCUCGUCCCACUGAAAACCAGGUCCCCUCCGUACAGCCACCCAGACGAGAGAGAGAGUACAACUGGAAACUGACUGGUGCUACAGAGUGCAGUGCUUCCUGUGGUAAAGGUUUCAGAUUUCCCGUCUUUCACUGUAUCCACCGGCUGACUCAGGUCCAGGUAUCCGACUCUUUGUGUGACAGCAACAGCCGACCAAGUACACAGGAAGAGGCUUGCAACCUGCAGCCCUGCCCAGCAUUCUGGGAUAUUGGAGAAUGGUCAGAGUGCAGUAAAACCUGCGGCCUGGGCAUGCAGCACCGGCAGGUCUUGUGUCGCCAGGUUUACGCCAACCGCACCCUCAAUAUCCACACAAACCGCUGCCGACACUUGGAGCGGCCUGAAACUGCCAGUACCUGCCAGCUGAAGAUCUGCAGUGAGUGGCAGAUCCGCUCAGAGUGGACCUCUUGCUCUGUGCCAUGUGGGCUGGGUCAGAGGUCACGAGAGGUACGCUGUGUCAGCAACGUGGGCGACUUUGUUCCUGAUGAGGAGUGCAACAUGAAUCUGCGGCCGAACGAUAUAGAGAACUGUGAUAUGGGGGCCUGUGCCAAGAGCUGGUUCUACACUGAGUGGGGCAGCAGGUGCUCGGCUGAAUGCGGGAUGGGUGUACGAACCCGGGGAGUUCUGUGCCUGACCAACCAAAUCAGCAGCCUCCCUCUGGAAGGAUGUGGCAGCGAACGGCCCACAGACUCUCAGGUCUGCAACAAUGGUCCCUGUGAGAAUCGCAUCGAGUGGUUCACAGGCCCCUGGAGUCAGUGCUCUGCAGAGUGUGGUACUGGCAGCCAGCACAGGUCAGUGGUGUGUUUGAUGAGGUCAGAUGAAGGAUUCACUGUCAUGCCGCUGUAUGAGUGCUCAUCCCUGGACAAACCUCUCAGCCAGCAGCGCUGUAGCCUCAAGGCCUGUGGUGCAAAAUGGUACCACACUGACUGGAGUGCUUGCUCAAAAACAUGUGAAGGAGGUUUUCGUGUGAGGGAGGUGCGCUGCCUGUCUGAUGACAUGCUGUCCAGUGAGGACUGUGAUGAGGAGCUGAAACCAGCAGAGAGGGAGGACUGCAACCAAGAGCCCUGCAUACCUCAGAUAGAUGAGAACUGCAGAGACAAAUACUUCAACUGCAAUGUGGUGGUCCAGGCUCGCCUCUGUGUGUAUGAUUACUACAAGACAACGUGCUGUGCUUCGUGUUCCCGGGUGGCCCACAAACAGUUGACCUAUCGGCAACGCAGCUAGCGCUGUCUAUCAGAGUCCCUCAACUCCAUGGUGGACCAUAGUCGGCACCCACUGGAGGCACACUGAUCCUGCGCCAGCCCGGAGGAAUAGACUGGCUGGACCUUGCCUAAAAUAGGAGCUUGUUGUUUUUGCCAAGCAUGGAAAGUGAAGAAGGGAAAUUUUUGUUGGUUUAUUUGAAGAGAGCUGUUGUGAAAGAAAAAUAGUGGGUGACAAGGAUCCACUCACUGCACAAACAAUGUCCAAUGAGGCAAAAGACAAGUAACAAAGUGGAAAUUCCAAAACACUUGUUGGGUUCGAUUUGUGAACAGGUACCUUUUUUAUGGCUCUUUUGGAUUUCUUAUGAAGAGGAGAGCACAUGUUAACUGUGUAACGUGGACUAGAUAUAGAAAAAUAUGUUUGUUAUGUGACAGAACUCAGAUUUCUGGCAGUUAAUGUCAUCUUCCAUGUAAUCAGAUAUUUCACAUCCACUGUUGACCAAAGAUACGCAACCUCACCGAACUGCUCAGUGGCAGGUCAUCGCCUUUUCCUGAAAAACAAAUAUAGUGUGCAUCAAACCUUCCUUACGAUCUUCUGGCAAACCACUUUUUUUUUUCCUUUUCUCCCUACACAGCCAUGAAGUGUAAAAGCAGCCUUUGUAACAUGUAUAACUGUAUGUAUGACAGCGUGAAUGAAAAAAAAAAAAAAAUGUUUUUAAGGGUUCUAGGACAGCCCCACC